AUGCUUGUUCCCGUUGCUUAUUCUCUUCCAGGUUACACGGGGCACUUGCUGAAGUCUUUAUGCUUCUGCAGUAUGACCUUCCUCUUCAUCCACAUCGUCUAUCAAAUCACCAUCCAUAGUUUGCUGGCUGCAAACUCUAUCGAUUCUGAAUUCAACUGUUCAGUGUGGGAGAAGUCAAUACGACAGAUUGGCUUCGAGAGUGUUAUCGGUGCAGACGCAGGCAAUGGUAUCCGAGUUUUCCUGCCGGACAUUGGGAUGUUCAUGGCCGGUCUGUCCGUGUGGCUGCUGUGCAGAAAGCUGGUCCACAAGCGUCCCAGUGAAGAAAUGGCCCAGGACAACCAUGACUUUGAGGCCGAGGAGAAGGAGAAUGACGAGAAAGUGGAAGAUGAUGAUGAUGAUGACGAGAUGCUCUAUGACGAGGACUUUGAUGCAGAAGACGAGGCAGAGGAAGAGGAUGGGGAGGGAGGAGGUCUGGAGGAGGAAGAGGAGGAGGAGGUGCAGGAGAGCACAAAGAUGAAGAUUCUGCGCAGAGUAGCAGGAGUCGCAAACAAACUCAAAGAGAUCAUCGGUAACCUCAUCACAACCGCUGGACAAGUGGUGGUUACCAUUCUACUGGGAUUAACAGGUGUCACGCUGCCCUCUCUGAGCUCAGCCGUCUACUUCUUUGUGUUUUUGGGGCUGUGCACGUGGUGGUCGCUCUGCAAGACCUUCGACAAGCUGCUCUUCAGCUGUCUGUGUGUCCUCAUGGCCAUCUUCAGUGCUGGUCAUCUUAUCAUACUUUAUUCCAACCAGUUCCAGUUCCUGCAGGAGGCCAUCAGCCUCAACGACAGCUACACCAGUUUGUUUGGCAUCUCCUCCAUCGUUCGAACCGACUGUUCCUCAACCUGGAAGCUUGCUGUCAACAGUGGUCUGAACUGGCACCAUUUUGUCAAUCCCAUCAUGCUCUUGGUCCUGUACUACACACUGGCCACCUUGAUCCGUCUGUGGCUGCAAGAUCCCAUGAUCAUGCAGGAGAGUGAGGAAGAGGAGAUAAACGAGGGAAAUGAGGCCGCGGGAAACAGCUUCGUUCACACGUCGAUCGGGAAGCGGCUGCUCUGGUGGAAAGCGCAUCAGAAAACUGAGGAAAGAAAUCUCAUUUCCACUCAGGACGGGUACAGCACCUCGGAGGUUGUGGUGGUCAACUCAAAUGGGACGUCGUUUGAUUAUGUCUCCGCUGUGCCCAUUGAGAACGGACCGGUCAGUCUGGACAUUUACUCAACUCCUCAGUACAAAGUGGAUCAGCCUACGGAUGAAAACACGAAUGAGAUCUUGGACUCACAGCUGGAGGAGGAAGAGGAGAAGACAGAUGCGGAAGAGGAAGAGGAAGAAGAAGAGGAAGAGCAGGGCGGACCACCAGGCGCUCUCGUGAAAGUGUUCAAGUUUGUCAUGAAGCAGAGCUACAUCUGUGCUCUUAUUGCUAUGAUGGCGUGGAGUAUAACGUACGUUAGCUGGCUGACGUUUGUCUUUCUGCUGUGGUCCUGUACUCUGUGGAUGGUACGUGACCGGAGGAAAUACGCCAUGAUGACCUCGCCGUUCAUGGUGGCCUAUGGGAACCUCCUGUUGGUCCUUCAGUAUAUCUGGUGUUUUGAGCGCUUGGAUCCAGUGCCGGGUUUCUUUCUGAAGAUGGAGGUGCCCUUCACUGAACUGAGCAGCAAGGUUCUGUGUCAGCUGAGUUUCUGGCUUCUGCUCAGACAAACUUUGAUGGAGAGACAAGAGAAGAUGGAAGAGGAAGCAGCUCUUUGUGACAUCCAAAUAGAUGAGCAGAAAAAAGGUGGGUCACUGCAGGAAAUCUCUCUUCGUUGUUAUAUAUUCAUAAAGAAAUAACUUUCCAUGUGGGUUGCAGAGGAAGAGAAAGACAAAGAGGAAGAGGAGGGGGACGAGAACGACCUGAUGCAUGUGAUUGGGAAACUAGUGAUGGCUCUGCUGGUGAAAUACUGGAUCUAUGUUUGCGGAGGAAUGUUCUUCUUCGUCAGCUUCGAAGGAAAGAUGGUCAUGUACAAGAUCAUCUACAUGAUGAUGUUUCUGUCCUGCGUGGCUCUUUACCAGGUGCAUUAUGAAUGGUGGCGCAGGAUCCUGAAGUACUUCUGGAUGUCUGUGGUGGUUUACACCAUGCUAGUGCUCAUCCUAAUCUACACCUGUCAGUUUGAGAACGCCAUCGCUACCUGGACCAGAAUGACGGGCAUAUCAGAAGACGUACUGAAGGACAUCGGUCUGGAGAGGUACAUCCUCUCUGAUCUGUUCACCCGUAUCUUCAUCCCCACGUCCUUCCUGCUGGUCUGCAUCCUGCACCUGCAUUACUUCCACGACCGCUUUCUGCAGCUCACUGAUCUCAAAGCCGUCAUCAGCAAAGAGCAGAGCACCAUUUACAGCUAUACUAAAGUCAGUGGUCGUAUCUAUCUGAUCGUGGAUAGACUGGCUCAUCCUGACGGGAGUCUGGCGGAUCUGACGAUGAUGAGCACCUCUCCAGAGCCGCUGCUGAAGGAGGAGAAGGAGAAAGAGUCCAUGAACGAGGUGCUGGUCGUGGACUGUGUGGAGGAGGAGAAGAAGAAAGAGUCUCUGUCCAUCCAUUCAGCUCAUCUGUCCAGUCAGGAGGACAUUCAGCAGUUCAGCGCCACCACAGAUCCAGAACUGCCCUCAGAACAGAGCUCAGACCUCAAGAAUAAAUGGCAUUUGGUGGUGGACCGGCUCACGGUCCUUUUCCUCAAGUUCCUGGAGUACUUCCAUAAGCUGAAGCUCUUCAUCUGGUGGCUCCUGGAGAUGCACAUCAUCAAGAUCGUGUCCACUUACAUCAUCCUGCUGUCUGUCAAAGAGGUUUCGCUGCUGAACUAUGUGUUUUUGAUCUCGUGGGCGUUUGCGCUGCCGUAUCAGCAGUUUCGAGUGCUCGCUUCCAGCGUUUGCACCAUCUGGACAUGUGUCAUCAUCAUCUGCAAGUUGUUUUAUCAGCUAGAGACCAUCGAACCUAAUAACUACUCAAGUAUUUGUACAAUGCCAUCCAACUACACAGAACAGCAAAAGAUGGAUAUGAAUCAUUCCCUACUGUACCGGAAGCCCGUGGAUCCUGCAAACUGGGUCGGCCUGGAGAAGUUUGUUGAUAUACUGCCCAACCUGAGGAAUAACUUGUUGAUGUUGGCCAUCUUGGCGUUUGAAGUCACCAUUUACAGACACCAGGAGUUUUUCCGUCUGAGAAACAAACUCUCUCCUCCUCCCUCUCGGACCAUCUUUCACAACAUCACCCGGCAACACCUCGACAACGGCAUCAUCAAGUGUGCCAAAUACUUCAUCAACUACUUCUUCUACAAGUUUGGUUUAGAGGUGUGUUUCUUGUUGGCGAUCAAUGUGAUGGGUCAGCGGAUGGAUUUCUACUCCAUGCUGCACGGUUUGGCUCUGGCUGUGGUGAUGUACAGACGCCGGAGGAAAGCCAUCGCUGAGAUCUGGCCCAAAUACUGCUGCUUCCUGGCCUGCAUGAUCACCUUCCAGUACUUCAUCUGCAUUGGAAUCCCACCGGCUGCUUGUAACGAUGACUUCAUGCUGCUGCUGUGUGCGUCGCUGCAGAGGCAGGUGUUUGAAGAUGAAAACAAAGCUGCCGUUCGUCUGAUGGCGGGAGAUAACGUGGAGAUCUGCAGAGAUCUGGACGCAGCGUCCUUCAGCGUUCACAACCCCGUACCGGACUUCAUUCACUGCAGGUCGUACCUGGACAUGCUGAAGGUGAUCAUGUUUAGCUACCUGUUCUGGUUCGUGCUGACCAUUAUCUUCAUCACGGGCACGACUCGGAUCAGUGUCUUCUGCAUGGGUUACCUGGUGGCGUGUUUUUACUUCCUGCUCUUCGGUGGCGAUCUCUUGCUCAAGCCAAUCAAGAAGAUCCUCCGUUACUGGGAUGUCCUCAUAGCUUACAAUGUCUUCGUCAUCACAAUGAAGAACGUGUUUGCUAUUUUGGCAUGUGGUUAUAUCAAGCAUUUGGUGAAGAAUAGCUGCUGGUUGGUUCAGCUGCUCAGUCUUGCCUGCACCAUAAAAGAAUACAAAGCUCUAGAAGGCGUGUCUUUAGGGAAUUGUGAGGUGCCAAGGGACGAGGCUGGGAUUAUCUGGGACAGUAUCUGCUUUACGUUCCUCCUGCUGCAGAGACGUGUCUUCAUGAGCUACUACUUCCUGCAUGUGGUCGCAGACAUCCGCGCCGGACAGAUUCUCGCAUCUCGAGGAGCAGAGUUGUUUCAGGCCAGCAUUGUGAAGGCCGUGAGAGCUCGUCUGGAGGAGGAGAAGAGAUCCAUGGAGCAACUGAAGAGACAGAUGGAUCAUAUUAAGACGCGGCAGCAGAAGUUCAAGAGAGGAAAGGAGAAGAUGCUCAGCAUGGCUCAGGAGUCUGGAGACGAGCAGAAACCCAUCCAGCCUGACAACAACGACGACGGUGAUGAUGAUGAGAAAAAGAAAAACAAGGUGCACAAAAAGCAGUGGUGGAGGCCUUGGGUUGACCAUGCGUCCAUGGUGAGAAGUGGUGAUUAUUACCUGUUUGAAACUGACAGUGAAGAGGAAGAGGAAGAGGAGGAGAAAAAAGAUGAAGAACCACCCAAGAGAUCAGCCUUCCAGUUUGUGUAUCACACCUGGAUCGCUGACUCUAAAGCAGCCCUGAAAGAAAGAGGCAAAGGGAGACGUCAUUUCUGGAAGCGAUACAGCCGCAGACGUAGAAAAGACAAGAAAGAAGGUAUGAUCGGUGAAGAAGAUCGUCAGAGUUCAGAGGAAGACAAAACGGACGGACCAGACAAUAUCAUCAAGAGGGUCGUCAACAUCAUCAAGUUCACCUGGGUGCUGUUUCUGACCACCGUUGAGAGCAUCACCAAGUGGCUGAACUCCGUCUGCAGAGAAUACAUCGACAUCUCCACCGUUCUGCGCAUCGAGCGCUGCAUGCUGACCAGAGAAGUCAAGAAGGGAAACGUGCCGUCCCGUGAGAGCAUCCAUGUGUACUACCAGAAGCAGAUGAAACUGAACGGAUCUCGUGAAUCUGGACUGGACCGGAUCAGUGAGGAGGACUCCUGCUCAAACAGAGAGCGCCGCAGACGAGUCGGCCACAGCCUGGAUUCCUUCGCUUCCAGAGACAGCAUCUCCAGCGCAUACACCGAAGCCACCAUGCUGUUUUCCCGUCAGUCCACCUUGGAUGACUUGGACGACAUGCCUCAGAAUAUUCCCAAAACCAGCGAACGCGCUCGUCCCAAACUGCGCAAAAUGUAUGGUCUGGACAUGUCCAACUCCUCUGCGGACAGCGGAAGCAGCGUUAUGUCCAGUGAAGCUACUCAGUGCGUCACACUGUUCUCUCGGCAAGGAACCAACGACACUAUAGACGAGGUCGAGGACGAGAGAGAACAGGUGCAGGUGAAAGAGGAGGAAACCACAGAGACUGUUGAGGACAAACCUGAGAGAGCAGAUCAUGAGGAAGUGAAAGAAGAAGAAGUGAAACAGGAAGCAACGAAUGAGCUGGAAGAGGAAGUGACACAGGAAGCAACAGAUGAGCCAGCAGAGGAAGUGACACAGGAAAAGACAGAUGAGCCAGCAGAGGAAGCAACAGAUGAGCCGGCAGAGGAAGUGACACAGGAAGAGACAGGUGAGCUGGAAGAGGAAGUGACACAGGAAGAGACAGGUGAGCUGGAAGAGGAAGUGUCACAGGAAGUGACAGAUGAGCCAGCAGAGGAAGUGACAGGAGACGUGGAAGAGGAAGUCCAAUGGGAUUCAGUGGAUCCAGAGGAAGCAGUUGAAGAUGUUCAGGUUCCUCAGCUGGAUUGUGAGGAGCAUCAAAAAGAAGAGCAGUACAUUACUGAAGAUGAGGAUGGUGAACAGCCGAUCCGACAGGAUGAAGGUGAAUCAUCAGGACUGGAGAACGUGAUCAGCGGGCAUCUUUUCACCCCGGACACAGACGCCCCCAACACCUCGGACGCUGACGUGCCGCCCAGCUACAGCAAAGCCGUGAGCUUCGACCGUCUGUCUUUGAGCUCGGACGAAAGUGACAGUGACAAACGGCUGAUGCUGAUGACGCCCGACAGCAGAUCCGAUCUGGACGACCCUCUGCUGCCCUCCAUGACCACCGAUCUGACCGCCAGCGAACUGCUGCUCAACAAAAUGUUCUAUGAUGAGGAGCUGGAGAAUUCUGAGCAUUUCUAUAAAUCGCAGCCGCUCGGGCUCCAGCUGUGUUACGCUCUCUAUAACCUGCUGGUGGCGCACUCUGAGAUGGUCGGUUACCUGGUCAUCAUCCUCAACCACAUGAUCUCGGCUUCCAUGGCAACACUGGUGCUGCCCAUCCUCAUCUUCCUGUGGGCGAUGCUCUCUGUUCCUCGGCCCAGCAAGCGUUUCUGGAUGACGGCCAUCGUGUACACAGAGGUCACAAUCGUCGUCAAAUACUUCUUCCAGUUCAGCUUUUUCCCAUUCAACCAGAACCUGAAUGUCACCAAGGGGAAGCCAUACCAUCCGCCCAACAUCAUCGGCAUAGAAAGGAAAGAAGGAUACGUGCACUAUGACCUGGUUCAGCUGCUGGUGCUGUUUUUCCACCGAUCCAUACUAAAGUGUCACGGUCUCUGGGAUGAAGACGACCCUAAAGCGUCCCGUAAGGAUGAGUGUCUUCAUCAGGACGAUUCUGUGGAGGAGGGGAAGAUGGCGGUGGCGAUUCCACCUGAGGAAGAGAAGAGGAGUUCUCCAGCGUACUCGCUCAAGUCCGUGAACCUCGGCAUGUCCGUGGACUCGUCCCAGGUGCACGUGCAAAUACUUUACCCUGAGCAUCGGCCUCACCUGCGGCGGCAGAGCACUAGCGGAUCUCACCUGUCCCGCCGCUCAUCUGUGCGCUCCAAACGCGGCAGCACAAGCACACGGAACAGCAUUCGAAGGGAAAACAGCACCAUAGAGCCAGAAGUACCACAGAAGAGCCGCAAAGAAAUGAUCAUGGAGAAGAUCCGAGAGCAGCUCAUCAAAGCAAAGGUUUAUGUGAUCAAAAAAUUGGUUGAGUUCUAUCAGCCCAUCCGUCAGUUCUUCUAUAACCUGAUCCACCCUGAGUACAACGCCGUGACAGAUGUUUACGUCUUGAUGUUUCUAGCAGACACUGUUGAUUUCAUCAUUAUUGUCUUUGGCUUCUGGGCAUUUGGGAAACAUCAGGGAGGUGCUGAUAUCACAUCCUCGCUGUCAGAAGACCAAGUUCCCGGGCCGUUCCUCGUCAUGGUGCUCAUCCAGUUCGGCACGAUGGUGGUGGAUCGCGCCCUGUACCUCCGCAAGACAGUGAUGGGAAAAGUGAUUUUCCAGGUGGUCCUAGUGUUCGGCAUCCAUUUCUGGAUGUUUUUCAUCCUACCAGGAAUCACAGAGAGGCGCUUCAGUCAGAACACUAUCGCUCAGCUGUGGUACUUUGUGAAAUGCAUUUACUUCGGCCUGUCAGCGUAUCAGAUCCGCUGUGGAUAUCCGACUCGCAUCCUGGGAAACUUCCUCACCAAGAGCUACAACUACGUCAACCUCUUCCUCUUCCAGGGGUUCCGUCUGAUCCCGUUCCUGACGGAGUUGCGGGCGGUGAUGGACUGGGUUUGGACGGACACGACGCUCAGCUUGUCUAGCUGGAUCUGUGUGGAGGACAUCUACGCUCACAUCUUCAUCCUCAAAUGCUGGAGGGAGUCCGAGAAGCGUUACCCUCAGCCGCGCGGGCAGAAGAAGAAGAAGGUUGUGAAGUAUGGAAUGGGUGGCAUGAUCGUGAUGCUCCUGAUCUGCAUCGUUUGGUUCCCGCUGCUCUUCAUGUCUCUGAUCAAAUCUGUGGCAGGAGUGGUCAACACUCCGCUGGACGUGUCCGUCACGCUCACGCUGGGAGGACUUCAGCCGAUCUUCACGAUGAGUGCCCAGCAGAACCAUCUGAAAAAUGUGUCUUCUGCAGAGUUUGUCAAGUUUUCAGAAAUAUACAGAUCUGAUGCAAAUGCCAUGCAGUUCCUGGAGUCUUAUGUUUAUGAGGAUUUGACAAUAGCCAAACUAGAAGGAAGUUCCAACUCACUCUGGACCAUCAGCCCCCCGAGCAAGGAGAACCUCAUUAAAAUGCUCAAUAACACAGACGAGAAGUUUCCUCUCACCUUCACCUGGUCCAUACAGAGGAACCUCAGUUUAGGUGCCAAAGCUGAAACUGCAAUAGGGAAACACUAUAUUGACUUGGACAAAGAUACGAGAACUAAUCUAACAAAUCUACUGAAUGGAACUGAGCACAAGGAAGUGACCAUCAAAAAAAUUUUUCCAAGAUACAUCAGAGCACCAAGCGACUCCAAUGCCAAGCCUAUUGAGCAGCUUUACCUCGAUAAAGAAUACAUGAGCAUCACACUGUCCUUACAUAAAUCCAGUAAAGAUAGUGCAGAGGGCGUCCAGGAGUGGUGGAUCGUGAAUCAGAUGGAUGCAGGGCCGUUAUCUGUGGGCUCAGCCAGGAAUGCAAACGAAUCUGGUCUGGAGCUCUACAUCAUCAGUGACCAAGUCAGUCCACCCAGUCUGGGCUUUCUGGCUGGUUAUGGGAUCAUGGGGCUGUACAUGUCGGUGGUUCUGGUUAUCGGGAAGUUCGUGCGCGAGUUCUUCAGCGGGAUCUCACACACCAUCAUGUUCGAAGAGCUGCCCAACGUGGACCGGAUCCUCAAGCUCUGCAUCGACAUCUUCCUGGUCCGAGAAACGGGAGAACUGGACCUGGAGGAAGACCUGUACGCCAAACUCAUCUUCCUCUACCGCUCUCCAGAAACCAUGAUCAAGUGGACCAGAGAGAAGAGUGAGUGACGCUGACCUUCGGAGGAACUCUAAACGAACCACGAGAAGCACAAAGCGGGAAUUGUGCCUCCUUCCCAAAGCGCACGGUUGUAUUGAACCGAUUGUUCUUCAUGCUAACUGAUGAAACGUUAGCACUCGUGUAGUUUUCACCCAGUGCACUUGCUAGUGUUUUGUAAGGGCUUGAUAAGUGAACUUUAGGGCUUCCAGGCAUGCGCCACUUUGAUACGACUCUCGCCUUUGGGAGUGCAUGCGACGUGAUGGACGUAGACGAGAAAUACUCAACCUCCUACAGACUUUGGGCUUGAUUUUGAACGUCUCUCUGAAUUCUGAAGGCGAGAACCGAAGCCCUGUAGGCGGCGCUGUGAAUUACGUGACAAUCUCUAUUUGCCUUAUUUCAUUUGUACAAUCAACUAGACGCAUCAUUAUCCACCACCUUUCUCAGGAAUACAUUCGGAUCAUUUCACCACGACGGGAUCUCAACCUUUUUUCUCAUGUACGACACGGUGUGAAGAGGAACAUACGCAACAGUAAUAACUUCACUCCUUGGGGACUUUAAGGAGAUCAUCUGUAAUUUAUGAACACAGAUUUGGAAUGUGAAAAGGACGUUUAGUGGUUUAUAAGGCUUGAAGUAGAAUGACUUUUCAAAACUAAUGGGAGAUUCUUUUCACAUUACAAUGAAUGAUUUAUCAGUU